AUGGAACUACUCGUUUUAGUGAAAAGCGACGGAGCCGCCAGCGACGGAGCCGCCAGCGACGGAGCCGCCAGCGACGGAGCCGCCAGCGACGGAGCCGCCAGCGACGGAGCCGCCAGCGACGGAGCCGCCAGCGACGGAGCCGCCAGCGACGGAGCCGCCAGCGACGGAGCCGCCAGCGACGGAGCCGCCAGCGACGGAGCCGCCAGCGACGGAGCCGCCAGCGACGGAGCCGCCAGCGACGGAGCCGCCAGCGACGGAGCCGCCAGCGACGGAGCCGCCAGCGACGGAGCCGCCAGCGACGGAGCCGCCAGCGACGGAGCCGCCAGCGACGGAGCCGCCAGCGACGGAGCCGCCAGCGACGGAGCCGCCAGCGACGGAGCCGCCAGCGACGGAGCCGCCAGCGACGGAGCCGCCAGCGACGGAGCCGCCAGCGACGGAGCCGCCAGCGACGGAGCCGCCAGCGACGGAGCCGCCAGCGACGGAGCCGCCAGCGACGGAGCCGCCAGCGACGGAGCCGCCAGCGACGGAGCCGCCAGCGACGGAGCCGCCAGCGACGGAGCCGCCAGCGACGGAGCCGCCAGCGACGGAGCCGCCAGCGACGGAGCCGCCAGCGACGGAGCCGCCAGCGACGGAGCCGCCAGCGACGGAGCCGCCAGCGACGGAGCCGCCAGCGACGGAGCCGCCAGCCGACGGAGCCGCCACCGACGAGCCGCCAAUCAUGAAACCAGUCGUAAACCGAAGAGAUGUUAA